CCAUCUUGGGCAUUUUAGUUAUCACGUGUUAAAUUGAAGUGUUUAAACUUUAAGUGGAAUUCGUAUUCAGUUGAGUGUAAAAUGUCUAUUUUUACUUGCAUAACAUGCCAAGCAGUUUUUGAAAACUUAGAUAUUCAACGCCAUCAUUAUAAAUCCGAUUGGCAUAGAUAUAAUUUAAAACGAAAGGUUGCAGAACUUCCUCCUGUAACUCCAGAUUUUUUUAAUCAACGUGUCCUAGCUCAAAGAGAACGACGUAAUGAAGAAUCCGACGAAGAGACUUUCCACUGUGGAACAUGUCAGAAGUACUUUGGAACAAAGAAUGCAUACAAUAACCACGUAAAAUCCAAAAAGCAUCAAGUAAUUGUAAGAAGAGAGAAAAAGAAAAGUGUUUUAGCAGAUAUAGGGAAACAAAAAGUAAAAAAUAUGAAGAACUUCACGAAGGUAUUAGAUGAAGUCGAAGUAUGUGAAAGGGAUAUGGAAAACCAGGUAAAAAAAAGUCAGCAUCAAAAGUCGUCUCAUCAACAAGUAGAUAAAAGUCAAAUCAGUUCGUUCAGUGAUAAUGUUUCACAGCCCUUGAUGCAUAAUGAGCCUUUAACCAAACAGCUUAUAACCAUUACUAAAAAUAUGUUAUAUAGAAAGUCUGUAUCAGAAUCACAGUCAGUCAACUCUGAUAGUGAUUGGGAAAGUUGUGAUGAUGAGGAAGAGACAAGGGUAACAUUACAGCCUAAUGAAUGUCUCUUCUGCUCUUAUUCAAGUGGAAACUUGGAAGCUAAUGUUCUUCAUAUGAGUCAAGAACAUUCCUUUUUCAUUCCAGAUAUUGAUUACCUUAUUGAUCUUAAUGGUUUGAUAACAUACUUGGGUGAAAAGAUUGGUGUUGGAUUUAGAUGCCUAUGGUGCUGUGAUAAAGGGAAAACUUUUAACUCAGCCAGAGCAACACAGCAGCACAUGCUUGAUAAGGGACACUGCAAGAUGCUUCAUGAAGGAAUAACCUUAAUGGAAUAUUCAGAUUUCUAUGACUACAGUUCCAGUUAUCCUGAUAAAGAGUGUGAUUCUGAUAAAGAGAUAAAUUUUAAGCAUCUUGAUGAAGAAAACUGGCAGUUAGUACUGCCAUCUGGAGUAUCAGUAGGUCAUCGCUCCCUUGCUCAUUAUUACAGACAGAAUGUUCCCCUUGACAGGGUACACAGAAAUCAGUGCUUAAUAAACAGAGUGAUGACCCACUAUAAAACUUUGGGAUGGACGGGAACUAUGGGAGAAUCAGCAAUACAGAAAGCUAGAGAUAUAAAAUUUCUGAAAAAAAUCCAAACAAAGCAUGCACUGAAACUGGCAUUGAAAAAUAAUAAAACUUUACAGCCUCAUUUCAGACACCAAAUUGGCUUCUAAUGAUUUUGUCAGUUGUUUUGACCAGUUUUAUUUUGUGUUUGUUCUUACGAACAUACAAAAUUGUCUCAAACCCCUACUUGUUUAUUAUUAUUUCCUAAACAGUUUUUACAAAGUUUUUCAUUUUUAAAUAUGUAUGGCAUGUAGUUACAAUAUCUUUCUUAUUACAUCCUGUAAUAACAGUUUCAAAACAUUUGGAGCCCUGAUCUUUAAUGGGAAUUUAUAUUUUCAUAAUGCAUAUUAAGCAAUUUCAAAGAUUUGAGAGUUUUUAUUAUCUAUUACUUCUUAAAACCUAACCGUGACUAUAGCAUUGAAAUUAUUAUAAACUGAUAGCUGAAAUAUAUAUUCUCCUUAGUUAAUUUUUUACAUGGUUCAAAAAUUAAGUUUUUUUUCUUGAAGUCAUAAUUCUGUAAAGAAUUCCAAUUAUUACAUCAAAUAAAAUAUUCUGUUCAAGUGGAUCCUUUAUUUUGAUGUAAGUAAAGUCAACCAAGAGAACAACACUUGAUUUGGAACAAA